UUUUUCUGAGUUUUUAAGGUUAGGGAUAAGGAUUAGAAAAAUUGAAGGAAGAUGGGUAGCAAAGGGUUGCUUAAGGGAGCAUCAUUAUCAUCUUAUUCAUAUGCAAAUGCAAUGUGGCAUAGAAACAGUUGCUUCAGUUUCAGCUUCCCAAAGGUAACGGUUAGCAUCCAACAGAAGUUGUUAAAGUUCCGAAGGUUGUCAUCAACAACCACCGUCUCCUCACUUGAAACUCCAGAUGUGUCUCGUUUGGCAAAAACAGCUCAAAUCUCUCUUACCCCAAAUGAGGUUGAAGAAUUUGCUCCUAAAAUUCAACAGGUGGUAGACUGGUUUGGACAGUUGCAGUGUGUUGAUCUCCAAAGCAUUGAGCCCUCCAUCAGAGCAGAGACUGAAAACAAUUUGCGUGACAAUGCCCCUGAAACAUUUGAUCAUAGGGAUGCCAUGAUUGCAUCUGUUCCAAGCUAUGAGGAGCCUUAUAUUAAAGUUCCUAGGGUCUUAAGCAUGGAUUAAAAUUGCUUAGAUGAGUUAUUUGGUAUAACGAAACACUUGAAAGACUAUUGUUUUGUACUUCGAAUUUCUUGGUUCCUUAUGUGUCCCAGCUCUUAAUUGAAUUUUUAUGAUGGAAUUCAACUCAUUAACUCUGCACUUAGGACAAAUUUUGAAAUUUGUAUUAUCAUUUGACAAAUAUUCAAGGUGUCUGAUUAUGCAAUUGUGUAUAUAGAAACGAGUU